CUACAGCUGUUGGGGACUGUAAAUCAUAUCAGUUUGUUAUCCACAAGCAACAACAACCCUAAAACAACCAAGAUGUUCAAGUUUUUCGCUCUUUGCCUGUUCGCCGUUGUCGCUCUGGCUGCCGCCAAGCCUCAAUUUUUGACCACCUACAGUGCCGCCCCCUAUGUGGCAGCCACGCCCUAUGCCGCCGCCGCCUACACCGGCGGCGUCUAUGCGUCUCCCUAUGCGGCAGCCUAUACCAGCGGAGUUUAUGCCUCGCCCUACGCCUACAGCGCAUAUCCCUACAGCUCACUGUACCUGAGACGCUGAGGAUCGAUUGAAAGCAGUCCAUUCAGUGGAGUGACUACAGUAACACUUGUUGACGAACUAAUGAACGCACAAUAAAAACGAACCAAAACAAAAAAA